UAAAACUUCUCAUUCUCGUCACGUGGUCACGUGGUUGAAGUGCGCGCGCAGUUACUUGGACGCGAUCUCUUUAGGUGCGUUCCUCAGACGUAGCCUUCACGUAUUAAUUCGCUGUGGUUCCCUGAAUCAAUCAAACAAACAACAAACAUUUUGACAGACUGACCACAACAGCUGAGAAUGGGGUCGUUUCUUGCAUUUCCACUGGCGAAACCGCCUGAGAUAUUCGAUCUCUCCGAUUCAGCGCUUAUAGAGGCUGAUAAAGACGAUGUUUAUGUGGAAUGCCAUUCAAUUAAUGUGAAGUUCUGUGAAACCAUGCAUCGGCAGAAUAUGCGCUCCAAAAAGGAAAUGGCCAUGUUUUAUGAAUAUAGACGUCACUGGAGUGGAGUUGUUGAAAAGCUGAAGGAGAAAUACCCCCAGUGGACAUCUAAAGACAUCUUGAACCUUAGAUAUCAGUUUGAGGUUUUUGUCAGCGAUCAAGGAUAUCUUCUUCACUACGCUACCUUCAAUGAGAUGCUUGACGUCUUUCAGGAUGACACUUCUCCUGAGCAGCGCAGAGAGAUGUUUGACACAGUAGACACUCGUCAGUACAACGCCAUCAACUUUGAGGAGUAUCUUCAGCUGAUGAACAAUAUUAACAUUGAGACACCUGUACCCAGGCCUCCGGGGAUUGAGAAGGACAGAGAUGAGAUUAUGAAUUUAGUCUCAGAUUUAUCAGAAGCUUACACCUUUUCACAGAUAUGCUAUGGUUUGUUUUAAAGUUUGUUUAAAGUUUGUAAAGAUUUCAACUAUCUGUUAGGUCCUCUUUUACAGUAAGUAGCAUGCAAAGAAAAUUACUUUAUUUCACUUUUAAUGUUUUAUUUUCAUUAUUGCUGUUUGACAAAUCUCUACAGACUGAAUUAUAGUUUUAUGUGAUACAUAAAAGUAGAAACAUAGUUAUGUAUAAAACUUUUUUUUUUAUUUUUUUUUAAUUAAGGAUAUAUGGUAAGAAUAGAAAUUAAAGCAUGAUGUAUGCGUAUAAUCAUCAGUAAUUAAUAGAAUCUGCCUUCAUAUGUAAAAAAAAAAAAAAAUGUUUAAAGCCACAUUAUUUGCAGAAGCUUCAUGGGCUUUUGGUGGUUGUCGUGAGUUUCAGUCCAGCAGCGGUGAGACGCUUAUUUUCCUGUAUUGUCAGUUUCUCUAUUUUGGACCUACAAAGAAAAUAUAAAUUUAAGUAAUUUGUUAUUUUGGCCAUCAUUAAAAAAAAAAAAAAAAAAAAGAAA